AUGGAAGAGCAGGACCCAGAAGGACUUGGAACUGUCAAGACAGCAAGGAAAUGCCCGCUUCCCAUUCAGGCUGUGAGUGGUGUUGAAUUAUGGGAAAACCUUGUGCCCGAGAUCCUGGAUCAGGACACAAUGAACUCAGAUGGAUAUUGCCAACGCUUCCGGCAGUUCUGCUAUUAUGAGGCUGAUGGGCCCCGAGAGAUGUGGUGGCCAUCCGCAAAGAUGGAAGCUAACUUCCAUGAUGCAGAAAGAGUUCCAUUGGAGAAAGGAUCGAGGGAGCAGGCCGAAGACAUCUUACCAGGUGUCAGUGAAGAGACAGUGUUGAUCCAUCCUCUUUGCAAUGGAAUGGAAAUGGCUGCUGCAUCCCCAGUCCAGCCUGCGACUUCCUUUGAGGAGGUGGCCGUGUAUUUCACUGAGGCCGAGUGGGCCCUGCUGGAUCCUGACCAAAGGGCUUUCUAUAGGGAAGUCAUGCUGGAGAACUAUGGGACUGUGCCCUCUCUGGCCAGGAAUGUAAGAAAGACUGUGGCAGAGACAAAGGAAGGCCUUGUUUCUGAAGAUGGGAUAGAGAGCUUCUCUAGAAGAUUUCAAGAGAGUAUUUCCUUUCCAAGUGACAUGGCUGCAAGAGGUGUGUGUAAGACAGAGAAGGAGGAAACAAACAGGGUGUCUGUGGAAAGACUCAAGUACCUAGUGGUAGAAGACAGUUCUUGGAAUCAGUACAAACCACAGAGGGAGCAGAGGAAGGAAACGAAACACGAAGAAAACUGGAUGGCUUUGUCAGUUGCUAGUCAAGGCACAAAUCUUCAUGAAAUGUUUAUCCUCCCUGAAAUUCAGAUGAAAAACAGAAUAUAUAACUGCUCCUUGUGUGAAAAGAGUUUUAAUUUUAAAUCAAAAUUUGAGAUACAUCGAAGAGUUCAUACAGGAGAGAAGCCUUAUACAUGCCUUGAGUGUGGAAAAGGCUUUAGAAGGAGUGAUCAGCUUAAUUUACAUCUGAGAACCCACACAGGGGAGAAACCUUAUAAAUGCUUGGAUUGCAGAAAGGGCUUCCAGGAUAGUGACAAACUUACUAGGCAUCAAAGAAUUCACACAGGAGAAAAACCUUAUAAAUGCCUGGAUUGUGGAAACAGCUUUAGUAGGAAUGAACAGCUUCAUUUACAUCAAAGGAUCCACACAGGAGAGAAACCAUACGCAUGCUUGGAGUGUGGAAAGGGCUUCCGAGAUCGUGGCAGCCUUAGUAAGCAUCAAAGAAUCCACACAGGGGAGAAACCCUAUAAAUGCUUGGAGUGUGGAAAGGGUUUCCGUGAUGGGAGUGGUCUUAGUAAGCAUCAAAGAAUUCACUCUGGAGAAAAACCUUAUAAGUGCAUGCAGUGCGGUAAAGGCUUUCGUGAUGGUGACAAACUUGUUAUGCAUCAAAGAAUCCACACAGGAGAGAAGCCUUACACGUGCUUGGAGUGUGGAAAGGGAUUCCGUGAUAGUGGUGGCCUUACUAAGCAUAAAAAAGUUCACACAGGACAGAAAUCUCAUCAAUGUUUAGAGUGUGGGAAGAGCUACUACGAUGUUGGCAGCCUUGUUAAGCAUCAAAAAGUUCACACUGGGGAGAAACCUUUUAGAUGCCUGGAGUGUGGGAAAAGCUUCUCUGACAGUGGUAGGCUUAUUAGACAUCAGAGAAUCCACACAGGAGAGAAACCACAUAAAUGCAUUGAAUGUGGAAAGGGCUUCUAUGACAGUGGCAAACUUGCUAGACAUCAAAGGAUCCACACAGGAGAGAAACCAUAUAAAUAA